AUGCUAGAAAGCGCUACCUCUCCUGCGCAAACGGUGAGCAAUGCUCAAAUCCAGCCAUUACUUAAAAGUGUCGCAACCUUACUCGAUGGCACCUACUCAGACUUCGAGAUCAGCUGCGAAGGCAAAUCCUGGAAAGUUCAUCGGGCUAUCAUCGGACCACGUUCGCAAUUCUUUCGGGCUUGUUUUGAGGAAUUCAAGGCAAGAAAAAUCCUGUGCCCUGAGUCCACAACGUCCAUCGUGGACCUGAAAGAAAUAGCUGGUGGCCCGGAAAUUUUGGAUGCCGCUAUCAACUACCUCUACACCGCUCAGUAUAUCUCAGGCCAUUCGCCGCUCUUGCAUCAUGUCCAGAUGUGCAUCUUCGCCGAUCGUCAUAAUAUUGCCGACCUCGUCACUCGAUCUGAAGAAGAAUUUUCACAGCAGGUGCAAUCGGUACUUGACGGGGGUCAUGCUUUUGACCGCUUUGAUUACAGCAAUGCCGUCAAGCUGAUAUACACCAGCUUUCCCGCUCACGGUGCUCUGCACACUCGAGCAGAGGAUCUGGCCGUAGCAAAAGCUGAGAUCCUCUUCUCUGGCACGGACGAAGCUGUUGAGUUUCAGGAGCGGAUCAAGUCCAACACGCAAUUCCUCAUCAAUGUGUGUCGUCGAAGUGCGGUCAGCAAGAAGCCGCAAGGAGACACUCCGCCUGCGGUGGAUCUCCUAGGUCCAACGGCCCCUGUAAAUCUCGACUUUUCUUGGGUAGACCAACCAUCUUCUCAUCGUCGCCCGCGGCGUCCCCGGCCAAGCUGA